AUGGCGCAGUCCACUGCCACCUCCCCUGACGAGGGAGCCACAUUCGAGCACCUCUGGAGCUCUUUGGAACCAGACAGCACCUACUUUGACCUUCCCCAGUCAAGCCGGGGCAACAACCAACUGGUGGGCAGUGCGGAGACCAGCAUGGACGUCUUUCACUUGCAGGGCAUGACCACUUCUGUCAUGGCCCAGUUCAAUCUGCUCAGCAGCACCAUGGACCAGAUGAGCAGCCGCGCAGCCCCGGCCAGCCCCUACACCCCAGAGCACGCCGCCCCCGUGCCCACCCACUCGCCCUACGCCCAGCCCAGCUCCACCUUCGACACCAUGUCCCCGGCGCCUGUCAUCCCCUCCAACACUGACUACCCCGGCCCCCACCACUUCGAGGUCACUUUCCAGCAGUCGAGCACAGCCAAGUCAGCCACCUGGACGUACUCCCCGCUGCUGAAGAAGCUGUACUGCCAGAUCGCCAAGACAUGCCCCAUCCAGAUCAAGGUGUCCACCCCGCCGCCCCCGGGCACCGCCAUCCGUGCCAUGCCUGUCUAUAAGAAGGCAGAGCACGUGACCGACAUCGUGAAGCGCUGCCCCAACCACGAGCUCGGGAGGGACUUCAACGAAGGACAGUCUGCCCCUGCCAGCCACCUCAUCCGCGUGGAAGGGAACAAUCUCUCACAGUAUGUGGACGACCCUGUCACCGGCAGACAGAGUGUUGUGGUGCCCUAUGAGCCCCCACAGGUGGGGACGGAAUUCACCACCAUACUGUACAACUUCAUGUGUAACAGCAGCUGUGUGGGGGGCAUGAAUCGGCGGCCCAUCCUCAUCAUCAUCACCCUCGAGACGCGGGAUGGACAGGUGCUGGGCCGCCGGUCCUUUGAGGGCCGCAUCUGCGCCUGUCCUGGCCGUGACCGCAAGGCUGACGAGGACCACUACCUCGAGCAGCAAACCCUGAAUGAGAGGAAUGAGGGCGCCGCCAGGAGCAGCGCUGCCAGCAAGCGCACGUUCAAGCAGAGUCCCCCCACCGUCCCUGCCCUGGGCACCAGCGUGAAGAAGAGGCGGCACGGGGAUGAGGACAUUUACUACCUGCCUGUGCGUGGCCGGGAGAACUUUGAGAUCCUGAUGAAGGUCAAGGAAAGCCUGGAGCUGGUGGACCUGGUGCCGCAGCCGCUGGUCGACUCCUACCGGCAGCAGCAGCAGCAGCUCCUGCAGAGGCCGAGCCACUUGCAGCCCCCGUCCUAUGGGCCUGUGCUGUCACCCAUGAACAAGGUGCAUGGGGGCAGCAACAAGCUGCCCCCAGUCAACCAGCUGGUGGGCCAGCCUCCCUCCCACAGCUCGGCGCCUGGGCCCAGCCUGGGGCCUGUGGGCCCUGGAGUACUCACCAACCACAGCCAUGCCCUGCCAGCCAACGGGGAGGCCAACGGGAGCCACAGCACCCAGCCCAUGGUCUCAGGGUCUCACUGCACUCCGCCACCCCCCUACCACGCUGACCCCAGCCUCGUCAGUUUUUUAACAGGCUUGGGGUGUCCGAACUGCAUCGAGUAUUUCACCUCUCAAGGGGUACAGAACAUUUACCACCUGCAGAACCUAACCAUCGAGGACCUGGGCGCCCUCAAGAUCCCUGACCAGUACCGCAUGACUAUCUGGCGGGGCCUGCAGGACCUGAAGCAGGGCCACGACUACGGCGCCCAGCAGCUGCUCCGCUCCAGCAGUAACGCGGCCACCAUCUCCAUCGGCGGCUCUGGGGAGCUGCAGCGGCAGCGGGUUAUGGAGGCCGUACACUUCCGCGUGCGCCACACCAUCACCAUCCCCAACCGCGGCGGCCCGGGCGGGGGCGCAGCGCCCGAGGAGUGGGCGGACUUCGGCUUCGACCUGCCCGACUGCAAGGCCCGCAAGCAGCCCAUCAAGGAGGAGCUGUCGGAGGGCGAGGUCCACUGA